AGAAAGAGAAAGUCUGACUUGACCAGGGAAAUCUUCCUGGCUCAGACAUCCCAGCUGCCAGGGCUCUGCCUGGUGAUACAGGAAGGGGAGGCGAGUGAAGGGCCUGCUUUCCCUUCUGAGCCUUGGAAGAGGUCUCAUUUCUCAUUAGGAUUCAACAGUUAAGCUAGGUCACUGGUGUGGGCUAUGUGUGUGUGUUAGGGGUGGAGGGUAGAGGGUGGUAGAGGGUGGGGCAUUGGGCACCACACCUGAGCCAGUAGGUAAGCUUCCUAGGGAUUUAAGUUCAGUUUUCACUGAACCUAUGCCCCACCUGGCAUGCUGAGAACUGGCUGUCUUGUACUCAAGGAAGUGGGAGGUUUUGACCGGUGCUUCCCUGUCCAUCUCCUGGCGGCUCUGAGGCAGGAUGCUGUCCAUCCUGAGAGGCACACAGAGUCUGUGGCUGAAGCAGCCCUCAACCAUAGAAUUAUACCUCAAGCCCAAUUUCACUCGGGACAGGAGAGCCUUUUGGAGUUUGGAAAGCCCGAAAGAAAGUUUCACCCCAGCACAGAGGUCCUUCCAGGUGGCACUCUGGUUCCUGGUCCUGGCUGUGAUCCUGCUGGUUGGUUUCCUGCAUGUGGACUUCAGACUACUCAUACCGGACAAGGUCCAGGAACCACCGGUCACAAACAUCAUGUUUCUCAAGACGCACAAGACAGCCAGCAGUACAAUACUCAACAUCCUCUACCGCUUCUCAGAGUCUCACAAUCUAACCACAGCACUGCCUGAGGGCUCUAGAGUCCAUCUGGGCUACCCCUGGCUUUUUGUGACACGGUAUGUGGAGGGCCUGAAGCAGGACAACCGCCUGCAGCAUCACUUCAACAUCAUGUGCAACCACCUUCGGUUCAACUAUCCUGAGGUGCAGAAAGUCAUGCCCAGUGACACCUUCUACUUCUCCAUCCUCCGGAACCCAGUUUUCCAGCUGGAGUCCUCCUUCAUCUAUUAUAAGGACUAUGUACCUGCCUUCCAGAGGACCAAGAGCCUGGACGAAUUCCUGGCAGAUCCAUGGAAGUACUACAACGCUAGUGUGAGCCUGCGCAAUGUCUAUGCGAAAAACAACAUGUGGUUUGAUUUUGGCUUUGACAACAACGCCCCAGCUGACAUGGACUAUGUUCGCAAGUGCCUUUCGGAGGUGGAGCAGCGAUUCCAUCUGGUGCUCAUUGCAGACUACUUUGAUGAGUCUAUGGUGCUGCUGCGCAGAAGGUUGCGCUGGCAGCUGGAUGACGUCGUGUCCUUCAAGCUGAACGUGCGCAGCCAGAGUACUGUCUCCCACCUGACGCCCGAGAGCCAGGAGCGUGUCCAGCACUGGUGUGCGCUGGACUGGCAGCUCUACCAGUAUUUCAAUCGCACGUUUUGGACCCAGCUGCAUGCGGAGCUAAGCCCACGCCAGCUCACAGAAGAGCUGGAGCAGCUGCGGGAGAGGCAGCGCGAGCUCACGGCCCUGUGUCUUCAGGAUCCAGAGCCCAAGAACCUGACACACAUAGAUGACCGGAAUCUGCGCCCUUACCAGAGUGGAAAGGCCAAUAUUCUGGGCUACAACCUUAGGCAUGGUCUGGGCACCACCACACUGCAUAUCUGUCAGAGAAUGGCGAUGCCCGAGCUCCAGCACAUGGCCCAUAUGUACUCUCUGCAGUUUCCCAACAAGACUCCCAAGGAUAUCCCACUCAUGAAAAAGUAGGGGUUUGGCUAAGUGACUCUUUCUUCCCAGUCUACCUUUCCAAAGUGAAACUGUCAAGAUACCCAUCCAUCUGCAUCUCUGGGAGAGGGCCUUACACCUAAGACAACAGGCACAGCUGUUCCAUAUNUGAAUCCACCCAUUGUAGAGACAUGGACAGGCAAGAAUGCUAGUGCCCUUAAAUUAUGUUUUCACAGAGACAGUCUAAGCAGCCCACCAGGUGAACAUCAGCCCAAGGGAACACCGGAGCGUAGACAUCGGGCCUGUGGAUCCAAGAAGAGACCUACAACUGUUCCCUGGGAUUUUGUAGCCACAUUGAUUCAGCACCGGUGACAAUGCCAUGCCUGUACAGGGUUCGGAGGCUCAGAGGUGGGCCAGGGAGAGACGGGAUGAAUAGGCAGCCUUCCAUUUUAUGAAGAACAGUGUAGACUGAGAGUUGUGAAAGUUGUUGGUUAGCCUGAGCACAGACACAGUCUACUUUUUAGCUUCCAGUUGAACAGUCCUGAAGGAGAAAGUGCCUGACUUGCCACAGGUUCUCUGAGAAGCUCAGGUACCUUUGGUUGCCUUGGAAACCGUGUUGUGUAUAAUCUCAGGGAUCAUCUUUUGGGUGCCUCUCUUAGUCAUUCAUAGUUAGGAGAGAUACUAACUACUGAGGACCCAGCUCUCAGGAUGAGGUACCUGGUUCCUGGGGUACUCAAACAGGGAAAAGAAGCCAUUGUCACAUACUCAGCCCAGACUGUCUGCCUGAGCCUUGCUUGUUGAGUUUUGGUGGAGGCUUUUCUUCUGUGUCCAAGGCCACAGAAAAGACAUCCCAUGCUCCUUUGGACCUCAAUUUAAUAUGAAAAGUAUUGUCAAAGAAAAAAGUAAUUUUUUGUAAGUUUAGAGAUGGUACAAUGAGUUUGUCAAUCCAAAAGAGAAUUGAGAAUUGACUCUCCCAAACUGAACAGAGGUAUUCAGAAUGCCAGGGAUGCUGGCUCAGACCUUUAAUCCUGGCACUGGGGAGUUAGAGGCAAACAGAACUCUGACUUCAAGGCCAGCCUGGACUACAGAGU